AUGACAGACUGCACAAGUUAUCGUAGUAUAUCACCAUUUCUACCAAAUGGUUUAUACAGAAUCAAACUUCCAGUCGUUGGUCACGUGACAGCUUUUUGCGUAAUGGACAUUGAUGGAGGAGGUUGGACUGCUUUCCAGCGUAGAUUUGACGGUUCAGAAGAUUUUAAUCGAUCAUGGGCGGAGUACAAAAACGGCUUUGGGAAUCUAACGGCUGAAUUUUGGUUUGGCAAUGAGAAGCUUCAUCAUCUUCUAAGUCAAGGAUCAUUUGAACUGCGGAUGGACAUGAGUGAUUUUACAGACCAGACUCGCUUUGUCAAGUAUACACAUGUAGAUGUGAUGGACGAAUCAAGCAAAUAUACCAUAAGCAUAUCAGGAUAUUCUGGAAAUGUUGGCGACUGUUUCACCGCCGGUUCCCAGAUCAUCAACAACAUGAAGUUUACAACGAAAGAUCAAGAUAAUGACAUGAACUUUUCUGAUAAUUGUGGAAUUCUGUACCCCUCCGGCUGGUGGCAUAGAACAUGUCAUUGCUCAAAUCCAAACGGUUUAUAUCUAGCUGGUGACACAACAAUAUUUGGAAAAGGAAUUACCUAUCAACCGUGGUUAACGCACUAUUAUUCCUUGAAAACCGUUCGUUUAUUGGUUAGAAAAGUUGGUUCAAAAAAAUGA